UUGGGCGGACUCUUCGUGUACGACGUGUUUUGGGUGUUUGGAACCGAUGUGAUGGUAACUGUGGCCAAAUCAUUCGAAGCCCCCAUCAAACUGGUCUUCCCUCAAGACUUCCUCGAGAGUGGAGUGAAUGGCACCCACUUUGCAAUGUUAGGGUUGGGAGAUAUCGUCAUUCCCGGCAUUUUCAUCGCUCUCUUAUUGCGUUUCGACGUCAGUCUGAAAAGGAAAGGAAACGUGUAUUUCUACACGAGUUUCGUGGCGUAUAUCUUGGGUUUAGUGCUGACAAUAGUAGUGAUGGCAUACUUCAAACACGCACAGCCGGCGCUCCUUUAUUUGGUCCCCUUUUGUAUUAGUUUUCCCGUUUCGGUCGCUCUCAUUAGGGGUGACAUUAAAGCUCUCUUCCGCUAUGAAGACCAUCCGUCAGCCGAUAAAGAGGUGGACGAGAAAAAGGAGAAGACUGUCACGAAGUCUACUAAAAAGGAGACUAAAAAAGCGCAAUAGUAUUGAUAGUAUUGUUUAUUUAACAUUUAAAUUACAAAACUUAUUGUAAUUAUGGUUCGGAUGUCUCGGAAAUCUCUUAACCCUAUUGUCAUUAUAUUAUAUUUGAAUUGCAUUUUAAUUUAAAUCCAAUUUUAUUCAAAUAAAUCGAUAUUUAAUUACAA